AUGUCUGAUGCUCCCGUUGUGCGACAAAGACGAACCUUCAGGAAGUAUACAUACCGAGGAGUAGACUUAGAUGCCCUCCUUCAAAUGAAACAGGAGCAGUUGUCUCAAUUGUUCGGAUACCGACAACGCAGAAAGAUGUUGAGGGGAUCCAAGCAACGUCAGUAUACGAAUCUGCUGAAGAAACUGAGGAAGGCUAAAAAGAACACCAAGCCCGACGAGAAACCAGCUCCCGUCAAGACUCAUCUGCGAGAUAUGACAAUUAUUCCGGAAAUGGUUGGAUCGAUUGUUGGUGUCUACAAUGGAAAGUUGUACAAUCAGGUGGAGAUCAAAGCCGAAAUGAUCAGUCACUACCUCGGAGAAUUCAGCAUGACGUACAAACCGGUUAAGCACGGACGACCCGGUAUCGGUGCCACCCACUCGUCGCGGUUUAUUCCAUUGAAGUAG